AUGAAUCCCUUCACACGGUCAACUGCAGCAUGGCAUCGAGUUGGCCUUGCGUCAGAGUUCCCAAGUAUUGAUGAUGACGCCCGAAUUGUACCAAGAUGCAAGGCUUUCAAUAUUCCCAAAACAAACGGCCCGAUGGAGGAAGUCGAAGAUAUUGACCUCCCAGGAGAACUGAAGGACCAAGUCCUGGUCUUCAAAUACAAGGGCAAAUAUCAUGCCAUUGAUCAUGUGAGUUACCUUCUUCUGGUCGAAAAUAUGAAACUCAUUCUUUCGAAGCAAUGCCCCCAUUCAUCAUUUCCGCUUUCGCGGGGCAACCUCUUUGAUAUUGAAGACUUUGGCAUUGUACUCAGCGCGGGUCUCACUUGUCCCAAGCAUGGUUGGUCAUUUGAUAUAUUCUCUGGCCGCGCCGAUCGUGGCAACUACCAACUCAAGGUGUGGGAAGUGCAACUGCGCGACUCAUCUGGGAGUACGGACCAAGAAGUUUGGGUGAGGCGGAAACAAAGAAUUGGUUGA